UAGUUGGAGCUGGUAUCUAGCUAAUGACAUGCAGUUUUACGUCAUCAGUCCACUCUUUCUACUGCCUCUGUUAAAGUGGCGACGAAUUGGUUUGGGUUUGAUUUUUCUCACCAUUCUUGGAUCUUUCACGGCCAUAGGAGUGUUGAACACCAAACAUGAGUUUUAUGCUGUUGACCGAGGAGCUGUUGGAGGGGGGGUGUUGAUGUCGGCCGAAAGUGAUGAAAACGGAAAAGAAAAAGAAACAAUAUUUGAUGUUAUAUAUUCUAAGCCUUGGUGUAGAAUUGGCCCUUACCUGAUAGGUAUUAUUGUGGGCUAUGCUUUGUAUAUCACAGGACAAAAGAAGAACUUCAUAAACAAGUGGCUUGUACUCCUGGGGUGGUUAGUGGCUACUGGAAUUUGCAUGGGUGUUGUCUACGGCCUCUACAAGGCUAACCCUAACCUACCAGUAAGCUCCUUGUACGCUGCUGUGUCUCGGACAGUUUGGGCUAUUGGUGUUGGUUGGUUAGUGUACGCCUGUGUCACAGGACAUGGUGGUUAUAUUAAUACCAUAUUAUCAUGAAGAUUUU